AUGUCCCAAAGGGUAUUUCUUUGAUGGCCACAUCACUGAUUGCAGAGAAACUACCCCAGCAACAAUCUCAACCACGACUUUGUCAAUAGAGCCUACUCCUAGUAUCUGGCCACAACUUUCAUCUCCUAUUGGCGGUGGCUCGUCUACAGCAAUUACAGCGUCUAUGAAAGUUUUAUUUUCAAUAAAAAGUGCUACCUCGACAAGUAUAGCGUCGGCUCCAAGCAUAAAGCCACAGCGUUCAUCGCUGAUAAGCUUUUCGUCUGCAGAAAUUCCAGGGUCUGCUGAAGUUCCACUGUUACUAGGAAACCGUUCCUCUCCAAGCGUAGAAUUCACACAGGGCAUCAUGCCACAACCAUCGUCGUUGUAUCGUGGAAUUGUAUCAACUUCGAUUCCUGAAGGUGUAGAACUUCCAAUACUAGAAGGAAACGACGCCUCUGCAAGUUUCUCGGAAAAAAAAGAGACUCAGGGACGGAAAAGCAAAGCUUUGACACUGUUGAUUAUAUUGGGAAUAAGAGGAGCGAUAGUUUUGAUCGUCAUUUUUACACCGCCUGCAGUACUUUGCUGGAUGAAAUUCAGAAUGUCUAAGAAGACAAGGCCAGAACAUGAAGAUCCUGCUAGAAUACCACUAAACCCCUUACGAGUCACUGAGAAUUCACCAAGCUGUUCUUUGCUGGACUUCAAGCUCGCCGACUUUCCAUAUGAUGUCGAAGAUUUUAUUCUGCAACUAGAUUCUGAUUCCUCGCCAGUUCAAAAGAACUGGAAACAUGUCGCUCACAGGUUUGAAAUUUCCAAACAAGACAUUCAGCUGUUGGAGACAGAAAGCAGGAAGCCAGGAGUCAGCGCAAUAAGGCUUUUGAUUGAAAAGUUGUGCAGUUUCAAAUGUACGACUCUAAAAGAGUUCGUAGACGUCCUCCAGGAGCUGGAACGCAACGAUGUUGCCAACGACAUUAUCAGCUGGUUUAGGCAAAAACAGGACAGAUGUUCAGAGGAGGGUGAGAAUUGACAAUACCCAAGAGAUUAUUGGAUUUUUCAUAGACAUCCUAUACCACGCGUGGACUCUAAGAACAAUGACAAUUGAUAAUAAUUAAGUCGGUCUUGUAAAUAACGUGUAACUGAUUUUGUGUAUU